AUGGAGUGGCUAGGGUUUCCGAUUAAGAACCGCGAUACCUCUCUGAACCCCGAUUGGAGCUCUCCGGUAGAGCUACUUCAGAGCUACACCAAACCUGAGGCUUCUAUCUGGGCAAGGUAUCUGAGUAAACUUCUUCCGGAUUCCGCACCAAAUCAACCAGAAUCAUUGCAAGAUGUUCUCAGUGGAGAAAUGCUCAGUGCUGGUAUUAACAUGGUGGGUUUUAGUUGGAUAACUUCUUCUGCAGCAACAGAACUUGAAAUGAUUGUCCUGGAUUGGCUUGCUAAACUUCUUAAGCUUCCUGAUGAUUUCCUUUCAACAGGCUGUUGAGAUUGGAAAGCAGCUUGCAAGAAAGCACUUCAUCCAUCAUGUCUUCAGAUUUUCCCUCUGUUGCUCUCCAGCCCUGUUCUUCUUCUUCCAUACGCUCGCUCCCGAAACUGCUGCUCUCCAGGUAAGAUCACUCUUUUCAUUUUAUGCGGUGACUAUGUACUAGAUUUUAUUUGUUUAUAGAUUGUAUACAUUUUAUUUAGAUAUAGAUUGUAUAGAU